GGAUCUCGACCCUUCCACGUGAAAUAAGUGCUGCAGCAGAACAGCAGCGACGAUGGCGACUCUGGCAGCUUGUGGGGAAAACUUGGUGGUAUGCUGUGGGAGAAAUCUCAUUGCCAUUCACAACAAUCUCGACCGAGAGCCAUUUGUAUUCGACUGCAGUAAGGCGGAGCAGAAACCCAAGGAGAGCGAUAAUAAAAGUGAGGACGGUGGUUCGGAGGAGAAAGGUUGCGACCGAAUUCUAGCGUUUGCCUUUUCCACGUCGGGCAAUCUCCUCGCACUCACAGAUGACAAUAAACAUCUCGUCCUCUUUCGAACUAAUCCUUCAUGGGAGUGCAUCAGUACCAGGUGGGUGGUGAGGAAGUGCACGUCUUUGGAGUUUACUAGGGCUGAAGACCUGUUGCUGGUGGCAGACAAGUCCGGCGAUGUUUAUUCUUUCUCUGUGUCUGAGCCUGAGAAACCAGGACAAUUGAAACUGGGACAUUUGUCCAUGCUGCUGGGUGUGGCCGUGAGCCCAGAUGACAGAUAUGUCAUCACUGCUGACCGCGACGAGAAGAUCCGUGUCAGCCUCUUGAGUUUGCCCCACAACAUCCAGUCCUUCUGCUUGGGCCACUGCGAGUUUGUCAGCUGCCUGUCCAUCCCUCUGGCAUAUCCACAAUGGCUGCUCUCUGGGUCUGGGGAUGGGACUGUGAAGCUGUGGGAGUACGAGUCGGGCCGGCGCCUGCAGAGCUUGGACCUGAAAGAGCCGAGUGUGACCCAGGCCUCUGACAGUGACGGCGACAAGAGGGCAGCUGUGAGUAGGAUUGCGCUUUCUCCAGACUGUAGCCAUGUGGCAGUGCUGUGUGAGAGAGUUCCCUCGGUGCAGCUGUUCCGACUGGAGAAGGCUCUGGAAGGCCAGCUCACGCCCUGUGAAAGGCUGACCCUCUCUCAUUGUGUCUGGGACGUGACUUUUGACCCUUCAGGCCGGCUGUGGGUCCUACAGGAAAGCCAAGAGACCCCCAUCAUACUGUACACAUACACACAGGACUGCUGGGAGUCUUGUCCAGAGGAUCCUGGCUUGAGGAGAAUUUUGGAUGUUUUGUGUUCCCACUGGAACAGUUUUCAAGACUCUGCGGGUGUGGAGAGCUGUUUCCAGCACCUGUACAAGGUGAACUUCGACAACAUGGCAUCCUACCUGCAGAGGAAGCAGGAGAGGAUCCAGAAACUUCAACAGAAGAAAGGCAAGAAGAGGGCCGGACAACUCCCACAAUCCAAUGGGGCCAGCAAAAAGAAGCGAGGCAAGAAGAUGGGUUGGGUUAGGGCAGCGCCCACCAGCUGAGAUUAUUUUUUGGACGGGGGGGUUGUAAAUCUGGGGUGUUGUGUACCUAACAUAACUGAAAAUCUUAAAUGGCCUUCAACACCCUGAAGGUUCAUGAGUUGUUUAUGAUUUGGGCUUAUGAACUAUAUAAAGUUUUGAGUUGGCAUCUUUUUUAUUGUAAUAAACGUUUUCAUUUCUGA